UACAAGACACGAUUAUGCGAACGAUACGAAACAGAAGGAAGUUGUCCUUAUGGCCCCAAAUGCCAUUUUGCUCAUGGUAUAGGCGAGUUGCGUGGUAAGCCAGAAGGUCAAGCUGCUAAAGAAGAAUCACCUGCUGAAAACAAUCAGCUAUUCAAGACCAAACUGUGCGAAAAGUUUAUGAGAGAAAGAUUUUGUCAGUACGGUCCCAAGUGUCAUUUU